CCCUAUUUAGCUUCUUUCUCUCCCUCUUUCUCUCGCUCAUCUACGUUAAUUUUGUAAAAACAAAACUCUGAUCCAUGGCAUCGGCGUCGCAAUCGUUAUCUGGGAUGGUUCCCAAUUUGAAGCUCUCUAGGUCUGAUUGUGGGGCAUGUUUAAGGAGACGUGUAAUUUUGGAUGUGUGUCUUUGUUUGAAAUGACGAGGGAUCAUAAAAUCGUGCUUUGGAUAACCAAGGGUUCUACAUUGGAUUUAUGUUUGAAUUUGACAGAAGAAGGAAAAUCUAUUGUUGCUUUGAAGAAAUUGUUAAUGGAUAGCGCCAAGAUAAACGAGAAAAGAAAAGUCAAUGGUUGCUGGUUAAAGUUCUUUGGGUUGAUAAAUUCGAUUCUACCAUGCCUGUGAGGCAAGGUGUUGUGAGAGAGAAUUAUGAAUGGAUAAGGUUUUUCUAACAGUUGAAAACACGGAGGCACCAUGCCUUGGAGGCAUGGUCGCAUCGCUUGCCAUCACAUUCAUGUGAAGGAUUACCUGCUCUCUGUAAACCUUCAUACAAAGCAGUUGCAAUUUCACAUUCUGAAUCAACCAGUAAAAGUAGUUUUAUGGGCGGUUCACAUAUUUUUAGCCCUAGUGAGAAAAGAAACCAAAUCGGUCAAACACAUUGUUCGAUGGGAGUAUACACGUACGGUGAAAACUUUGUUGAAUCAUUCCCAUUUGCUACUGAUGAUAAGGUUGGGGUGCUGCUUCUGAAUCUUGGAGGUCCGGAGACACUUCAUGAUGUUCAGCCUUUCUUGUUUAAUUUGUUUGCAGAUCCGGAUAUUAUACGUCUCCCAAGGUUGUUUCGGUUUCUUCAACAACCUUUGGCGAAACUGAUAUCUGUAAUCCGUGCACCCAAAAGUAAAGAAGGGUAUGCGGCUAUUGGUGGUGGAUCACCAUUGCGUAAGAUAACGGAUGAGCAGGCAACUGCUCUCAAAAUGGCUUUGGAAGCAAAGGACGUGCACGUCAAUGUAUAUGUUGGGAUGCGCUACUGGCACCCAUUUACUGAGGAGGCGAUUCAGCAGAUUAAGAGAGACCAGAUAACAAGGCUCGUUGUGCUGCCACUUUAUCCUCAAUAUUCAAUCUCGACAACUGGGUCCAGCAUUCGUGUUCUUGAGAGUAUGUUCAGGCAGGAUGCAUAUCUAUCAAGACUGCCUGUUUCAAUUAUACAGUCCUGGUAUCAACGAGAAGGUUACAUCAAGUCUAUGUCUAACCUGAUUGAAAAAGAGCUUGAGAAAUUCUCCAAGCCAGAGGAGGUCAUGAUAUUCUUUAGCGCCCAUGGAGUACCAGUAAGCUAUGUUGAGGAUGCUGGAGAUCCAUACAAGGAUCAGAUGGAGGAGUGCAUAUACUUAAUCAUGCAGGAGCUUAAGGCUAGAGGCAUAGAAAAUGAUCAUACUCUGGCUUACCAGAGUCGAGUUGGGCCUGUAGAAUGGCUGAAACCAUACACUGAUAAAGUUCUUGUUCAACUUGGCCAGAAAGGUGUGAAGAGUCUCCUAGCUGUUCCAAUAAGCUUUGUGAGCGAGCACAUAGAGACUCUUGAAGAGAUUGAUAUGGAGUACAAGGAGUUGGCUCUUGAAUCCGGGAUUGAGAAUUGGGGUCGUGUUCCGGCUCUAGGUUGUACCUCUUCCUUCAUCACCGACCUGGCAGAUGCAGUAUUAGAAGCAAUGCCUUCAGCGAAAGCUAUGUCAAGCCCAACCAUCAUCCAUGAUAAAUCUGAUGAUGACCCUUUCAGAUACCUUACCAAAAUGUUCUUUGGUUCAAUCUUGGCGUUUGCCUUGCUUUUGUCACCGAAGAUGAUACUAGCCUUCCGGAACCAUCUCUUCUGAAGCCCGUCUCGGUAUUUUCCUUUACGGCAGGGCCUCCUUUCCUCUUAAAGAGACUAUUAAAACUAAAGGGGACCUGGUAGAAAUUCGGUCAGACAGAGGUGAUGCAGAUGAAGAAUGAAGGAUUCGGAAAAUGGGUUUCGGAGUUCUUUUUUUCAGCUUUCAAGUGUAUACAGAAUUGAGGUGUAGGAGCAGGGAACACUAAAAUUGUGAGAAAAUAAUCAUAGCGUAUCGAUACAUAUAGAAUACAUCUGAUGCUAAUAAAAAGGUUUCAGAGGCCUAACGUUGCGGCCAUUUUCUUCUUA